AUGGCAGAAGCGGAUCUUAACAUGGUCUCGGAACCUGCCGCCCAGGGGGUCGCUGAAGAGGUGAAGGCUAGCUUGGCCAGUGAUUCCGGGGAAGAAUCUGACAGCAGUAGCUCUAGCGGCAGCACUGGUAGCAGCAACAGCAGCAGCAGCAGCAGCAGCAGCAGCAGCAGUAGCAGUAGCAACAGCAGCAGUAGCAGCAGCAGCAGCAGCAGUAGCACCACCACCACCAGCAGCAGCAGCACCAGCGGCAGCAGUGGUCUCAGCCGCUUCUAUGGAAAGAGGAGGGUACCUGAGCCUUCUAGAAGGGCGCGGUGGGCUCCGUCGGGUAACAGUUUUGUGGAUCGGCUGCCACAGGCGGUUCGAAAUCGUGUGCAGGCGCUCAGAAACAUUCAAAAUGAAUGUGACAAGGUAGACGCCCUAUUCUUAAAGGCAAUUCAUGGUCUUGAAAGAAAAUAUGCUGAUCUCAAUAAGCCUCUAUAUGAUCGGCGAUCUCAAAUCAUAAAUGCAGAAUAUGAGCCCACAAUAGAAGAAUGUGAAUGGAAUUCAGAUGAUGAGGUGUUCAGCAGUGAUGAAGAGGUGCAGGACGACAGCCCUAGUGCAAUGCCUGCCUUAGAGGGUGAGGAAGAAGAGGAUCCUAAAGAAAAAACCGAGGUAAAGGCUGAAGAAACGGAGGUUCCUAAAGAAAUUCCUGAGGCAAAGGCUGAAGAAAAAGCCCAAUCGAAAGAUCUUCUGGAGGCAAAGACUGAAGUAAAUGAAGAGCCUAAAGAAGUCCCCCAGGCAAAGGCACAAGAAAAAGAACAGCCUAAAGCAGCAGAGGCUAAGGAAAGGGCUGCAGUAAAAGAGGCUCCUAAAAGAGUUCAUGAGGUCAGGCCUAAAGAAAGAGUGAAUCUGAAACGAGCUCGUAAGGGAAAGCCUAAGAAAGAAGAACCUAAAGGCAUCCCCAACUAUUGGCUGACUGUUUUAAAGAAUGUUGACAAGCUCGGGCCCUUGAUUCAGAAGUAUGAUGAGCCCAUACUGAAGUUCUUGUCAGAUAUCAGCCUGAAGUUCUCAAAACGUGGCCAGCCUAUAAGUUACACAUUUAAUUUUUAUUUUCUGCCCAAUCCAUACUUCAGAAAUGAGGUGCUGACCAAGACAUAUAUCAUAAAGUCAAAGCCAGAUUACAAGGAUCCCUUUUUCACUUGGGGAUGGGAAAUCUAUGAUUGCAAAGGCUGUAAGAUAGAUUGGAGAAGAGGAAAGGAUGUUACCUUGACAACCACCUACAGUCGCACAACUGCCACUGGAGAAAUUGAAUUCAAGCCAAGAGUGGUUCCUAACUCAUCAUUCUUCAAUUUCUUCAGCCCUCCUGAGAUUCCUAAGAUUGGAAAGCUGGAGCCACGACAAGAUGCUAUCCUUGAUGAAGACUUUGAAAUUGGUCAAAUUUUACAUGAUAAUGUCAUUCUGAAAUCAAUCUAUUACUUUACAGGAGAAGUCAAGCGUGCCUAUUACAAUGGUAAAGAUUAUGGAAACAGGAAAUACCGAAAAUAAAGAGGCUGCCUGAAAGAAUUUUCAAGAUCUCAAAAGUU